CUUAGUGCUAAAAGCUAUUAUAUCUUGUUGGGUACAUGUUGCAAAGACUAUGAAAGCAGUUUUUAAUAAGGAAUUUACGUUAGAUAGCUAUGAGGAAUUACAGCUAUGUCUUAAAGAAGAGUUUUUAAUUCUUCCAAAGGUUUUUGCAAGUUUUGUUAACUUACCAAAUAUACAUAUUAAUAUGCAUCUUUUGAUGCAUGCUAAAACUUUUGGUACACUU